AUGAGAAAUCAAAUCACUUCUCAUGUAACUAACAUUAUCUAAUUUUAAUAGAGUCCUUUUAGAACAACACAGUCUAUAAUCAGAGAUAGUCCCCAUACUUAGUUGGAUGAGUCCCGUAUUUCAAACAACCGAGUUCCACAAAAUAGAGAAUCUAUGAGGGCAAGAAUGUUGAUUAACUAAUCUCAUAAUAAUAUCCAGAAUUAGGGGUAAUAAGUCAGAAAAUAAAUUGCUAAUGAAAGAACAUAGUCAAAAGGAGGCAAUCCAAAUGAAUUUAAUCCCAAAAAAUUUAUAACCAAAGAACUCAAAGCAUUUUAUAUUGAUUAAUUUAAUAGGAAUCAGACAUUAUUGAUAUCAAACAAAAUAAUUGAAACCUUAUAUGAGAUAUUUUCUGAAUUGGAUGAAGAAGAAUUAGGAGGAAUAACAUUUCAAUAUUUCUUGGCCAUUCUAAAUCAGGAUAAAACUAAAUCAGAGAAAAAGGAUGUAAUUAGAAGAGUUUACAGAAAGUACGAUAAAAGCAACAAAGGAUAUAUCACUUUACAAGAUCUAAGAUAAGUUGUGUAUAAAGAUUUGAAAGAAGAUAUCGAUGAAGAGGUAUUGGCUGAAAUCUUUAGAAAGACCGACUCUAACCAAGAUGGAAAAAUGACAUUUGAAGAUUUUUAUAACGUCAUUACCAAAAAGGUUUAUUAUUGA